UUUUCAUACUCAAAAUUUUCCUCUGACCCUCACUAUAAAUUCCUCCACCCAUAUUCCCCUCCUCUGCUGUCCCCCUUUUAUUUUCUCUCCGUAACUCUUCUUUCAUAAUUUCAUUUUCUGGUUUGGAAUUCUUCGCCGGGGAUGGCUGCCGACGUUAGCUCAUUGAUCAGAUUGAUGAACGGUGGGGAUGCGAAGGAGUCGGCGAAACCGACGGCUCCGAUUACCCGGGAUUUGUUGGGUGGGAGUUGCGGCCAUGACGCUCAGGAGUUGGACCUCGAUUUGCAGGUGCCCUGCGGCUGGGAGAAACGCCUCGAUUUGAAGUCAGGGAAAGUUUAUCUACAGAGAUGCAAUUCAUCAAACUCAUCAUCCACUUCAGAACAGAGGCCACAGAGCAAAAACUCCACAGCCAUUAAGCUCCAGGACCUCAAUUUCCCUCCCAUGGCGAAGCAGCAGCAGCAGCCUCUCACUCUCUUAGAACAUCCCAGCCUAGACUUAAAACUGGAUUCCCUAUCCACUGCUGCAUCGCCAUCAUCCUCGAAUUACCAGAGCGUAUGCACCCUCGAUAAAGUCAAGUCUGCGCUCGCCAGGGCGGAGAAGGAGACUGGCAGGAAGCGCUCGAACUCAAGAUCGCUGUCGAUUUCCUGCUCGUCGCCUCGCUCAAAUUCAUCAUCCUCGAUCAAGGAUAGCGAGAUUGAUCGUCAUCUAGAUGAGAAUUCAUUGGCCCCUGUCGCUGCCGGAUGCCCCAGCUGCUUACUCUAUGUUCUGAUCCCAAAAAACGAGCCCCGAUGCCCUCGUUGCAACCGCGACAUCCCGUUGCCGGCGGCGGCGCCGCCGGAAAAGAAGCCUCGAAUUGAUCUAAACAUAUCCAUUUGAAUGGUUGGGGGUGGAGCCAUCUUUAAGCCUCGCCAUGUAUUUUUUGUAAAGAUAGGAAACAAGCUUUUCAUAUAUGGUAUAAAAAAAAAUAUAUUGGUAUAUAUAUAAUGAUCUAUAUAAAUAUAAAUAUAAAGACAAUUUAGAUAUAGUUGGAUGUUCAUUUUGGACCAUUAUCCCAUCUCAGUAGCUGAAGCUAAUAUUGAAAUGAAUAUUCGUAUUUUCUUGAAUAAUUUUUAAUUUUGGUUCUUGUA